UGGGAGUAAAAAUGGGAGUAAAGUAAUCUUGAAUGAGACUUAUGAGAGUAAAGCGUGAAAUUUAGGCACAAAUUCAGACCAAGGCAUUCAGACGUCCACGGCUUUGCACUGUGGCACUUGGGUAAAGAGGUAACUGUGUGCUGGUGGCAAAAAUGAGCACCCCACCAGAUGGGGAGGUUAGGAGGACCUCCAAGGAGGUGCAGAAUGCUGCACUGGAAAGAGAUCCAGACCAGGACAGUCUUGACAGUGACAGUCUAGGGGAGAGAGAGGAUGUCAGCUGCUCAAUCCAAGCACAACCUGGUCACACGAACUCCAGUCCACGUGCUAAAUGCUUCAUCAACGCCGCAGAGCUGAUGGGCGACGGGGACUGUGAGCCGGUGGGGGCUGACCUGGACCGUGGGCCGACCCGGGCGCGGCCUGACGUGCUGCCGCCGGCCACCUCACCGCCGCCGGUGGCCGGACCGCCGCCCCCGCCCGCCGAGGUGGCCCGGAUGCAGAUCGAGGAGAAGCGCAAAGGCAGCCUGCUGUUCAACGGCUCUGGCUGCAGCAGUCCGGAGCGCACCGCCGACCACGACCUGGGCGAGGUGCCGGCCGGCCGGCUGUGGUCCGACUCGGCACGGCCCGACCUGGUGGCCGGGGAGGAGCGCACCGAUAGUGUGACCGGCUCGCCGGGCCGCCGGCCGCCCGUCCCGCUGGACGAGGUGCCGAUCGUAGCCGGCCACCACGAACCGGUGACGCCGACGCCGCUGCCGCCGCGCCGGCCGCCCGACUCGCAGCACGUCUUCUUCGUGGAUCUCAACGAGCUGCCGACGACAGCCGAGCCGCCAGUGCCGCGCCGACCCCGCCACGGAUCCGACUCUGUCUACCUCUACAUCGACAUGAACGAGACCGGCGAGGCGGCGGCGCCGCAGCCCUCACGCCGCCCGGCCGGCGACUCCAUGAGCCUCUCAUUCCACGGCGCCACGGCGGCGGAGCGGCGCCCGACCGCCGAGACGGACGGCGACGAGGACUCUGAGCAGACGGAGGCCUCGGGCCGCAGUCUGUUCUACACGGUGGGCGAGACGGAGCGGCCGCGCCGGCCGCCGCCCGAGCUUACCACCCGCGUGUUGCGCCACGAGAAGCGGCGCCGCAACCUCAGCCUCGACUGCCAGGCACGGACGGAGCAGGAGCGCGGCCGGCCGGCGGCUCCCAGUCCGCUGGUGGGCGCCGACCGGCCGGCCCGGCCCGACGGCCACGCCAGUCUGGGCACCACGCCGGAGGCGGCCCGGCGCGCCGCGCGUCCGGUCCAGCCGCGCCGCCAGCAGGGCCGGCCGCGCGCCGCCGCCGGUACCAGCGCCGGCCGCCGCCCGGACUCCGGCUCCGGCCGCGAGCGGGACAGCCUGGAGAGCGUCGGCCCGCCGCACCGGCCGGCCGCCUCGGCGCCGGCGCGCCGCCGCUCCACCGAGCCGGCCGGCGGGUCUCGCGCGGCGCCGACCGGCCGCCGCGUGACGUCACGCACCGAGCCCAGCGGGCGGCGGCCGGCCACAGCGGCUCCCGAGCCGACGCCGCCCGUGCAGCGCUCGUUCCUGCGCUCACACUCGGGCAGGAACGCGGUGUCGCGGCCUCCGCCGCCACGACCGGCCCCCUCCAGUUCGGCAGAGAGCGGCGGCACGCUGACCCGUCGGAAGGCUGGCGGACGGCCGGUGCCGGCGCCCCAGCGGCCCCCGCCCGGCCCGCGGGAGCCUCCGUCCAACCCACCAGAGUCGCCGCCCGUCUCAGACGACGCGUCGGACGUGUCCUCCGGCAAAUCCUUCAGACGCCAGUCCCCGGAGACGCGCAACAAGCAGGGCAUUGACCAGCUGACAGCCGACCUGCUGCAGAUGCUCUCUGAUGGACUGCACGCCGACGUCACCAUACAGGUGGACAAUCAGGAGGUGUCGGCACACCGCUGUGUGCUGGCCGCCCGUUCCCAGUACUUCCGAGAUCUGCUCGACAAGCCGCACCACAACGUCAUCCACAUCGACGGCCACAAGCUGGAGACGGUGGAGUUUGUGCUGUUCCACCUGUACUCGGGCGCCAUGUACGUGCCGGAGGACGUCGACCUCAGCGACCUCAUCACGCUGGCCGUCAUGCUGAACCACAAGGCGCUCAUCCGGAUGGCCGAGUUCGCCAUGCGCGUCCGACUCUGUCACAUGUUCCACAAGCCGUGCAGCGAGUGUAUCCCGGGCGUGCUGGAGACGCUGUGCACGGCCGCCGACUGCGACCUGGACGACCUGGCGGCGCGCUGCCUGGCCUGGGUCACCCAGAACCGGGUGGCCGUCUGGGCCGACCCGAGCUUCAGCGAGAUCACCGACGAGUACCGCGCCUGGUGCUUCCAGGAGGCGGCCACACUGAGCCAGGAGACGGUGCUAGAUGUGCUGCUCGACUGCCGCCGGCUCUCGGCCCAGCUGCCCGCCGAGCGCUGGUCCCAACAGGUCCGGCAGAUGGUCGAGACCCUGCUCAGCAACUCGGUCGUCUUCCUCAGCAGAAACCUGGGCGCCAUCCUCGUCUCCGACAAGUUCAUGUCGCUGGCAGAGACCACCUGCUGCACGGAGCUGGAGCAGUACCUGCUGGCGGCGGCCGACGUGCAGAACAGCGCUGACGCCCACACCAGCCUCGAGAUGAUAUCGCAGCUGCAGAGCAUCCCCAACCACGGCUGGGAUAAGGCGUUCCUGUCCGUUCUGCAGCGCAUCAAACAGGUGUGCGGCCGCCGCGCGUCCGGCGGACAAAACUACGCCAGCCUGCACAUGCAGCGGCGCACCGUCCGCUCCCACCAGGCUGCCGGCGCCGACCACUCCGCCGCGGGCCGCGGCCGGUCGUCGCGCCUCUCCAGUGACUCGGAGGAGCCGGCGGCACCGCGCGCGCGCGCCACCUCGCGGCCCGGCUCAGGCAGCUCGGCCGAGUCGCGCUCGCCGUACCUGCGCCGCAAACACCUGCUGGGGCUGGACGGCGCCGCGGAGCCGGCGGCCGGCGGCGGGAACGGCGCGCGGCGCCAGAACGUGCGCGGCGCCGCCGGCGAGGCCAUGACGCAGAGCGUGGUGGCCGAACCGGUGAGCGCGUCCGCCGAAACAACGGGCAUGAACCGGUCCGAGAGCUUCACCAUCUACAAACACGAGUGAUCUGACCCGAGAGUCUCAACAGCUACAAACAUCAGUGAACCAGCCGAGAGUCUCACCAUCUACAAACACGAGUGAGCGGGCCGCACCAUCUACAAACACCAGUGAACUGACGGACGAUACACCGGGUAGGGACCGCUCCGGGAGACUGCGCUAUCGAUGUAGAAACCGGCCGGUCCGAGGGUGCCACGGCCGUGACCGCUCUCGACCGGCGUGUGACUGGACCGUGGACACUAUACACAGAGCCGGUGUGGUACACUGAACAGUGGACAGCCCGCAGCACCGGUGUGGCACACUGAACAGUGGACAGCCGCUGCACCGAUGUGGUACACUGGACAGUGGGUAGGGUUCUACAGUACCAGCGCCUGACUGGACAGGCGCGCAACUGCCAGCACCCAGCAGCUAUGGUCGCCGGGCACUCCACGGGCAUAUUCUGUUCGAUCAGCCAUCGCCGAGUAGACGUGUGGUCAGUACGGGCCGUACACCGGUAGUUGCGGAGCUCGUGCUCAGUCGGGGUGCGCAGCUUUGGGCCGCCGGGGCAUGUAUCUGGAGCAUGUGGGAACGUUGCUAGCGGAGCAUCUUUACAUCGAGUCAUCGAGGCUUUGGCGGCUGGUCUGUGCUUUACAGUGUGGAUAUGUACUUCCUAGUCGAACGACAUGUGAUAAUUUACAUUUGCCAUCAGUUUGUUUCUCCUGUGUGCUGGCGUUUUGUAAGUGCGCCGAUAUGUUCUGUGAUUUCCAUUGGGCACAGUCGUAUCAGUAUCGUUGGUGAAAUGGCAAUGUUGAGCACUGCCGCGUUCAGUUUACCCGGUACGAUUCCUUUCGCCUGGGACCCGCGCCCACCGCGUGCAUAUCUUGGUGGCGCACUCGCAAGUUUUUCAUGUGCCUUGUUUUCCCUGUGUGCAUAUACCUAUUUAACGACGCGUUUAUUACACCGUAAUGUUACAAUUUGAAUCAGUUCAAAGACGGACCAAAAUGUUUCCAGGAGCAGUGGGCGAAGUCUUAUUGAACUCGCUCUUCAGCAAGGGCAUGUGAAUAGGUAUUAAUUAUCAUAUUAGUUAAUUAUCUUUUAAUUAUCAUUUCAUAUAACCAAACCAUGUUUAGAAUGAUUCUGGUACUGAGUGCUGAGUCAAUUGGCCGUGUGUGCACUGUGCAAGUCGAUGUAUGCUUCAGUGUUCCAUAAGUAUUGUGGUCGCGCUAGAGCUAGCGCUAGUGCUAGGUGGUCUCGAGCCGCUCCGUGUGUGCGAGUGCGAGGCCGUGCCUCCGUGGGGCGCGCUGAUUGGCGGAGUGGGGAAGGAGGAGAGAGGGAGCGGGCAGAUCGUGCGCCGGCAGUGCUACUCACGGGAUGCUUCGUCCGGACAUCAGUCAUUCAGGAACCCAUGUUACGACACCGUCAAAAGGAGGCCGCGUGUCUACGCAUUGCUUGAACGAUUGCAUGCAUGCAGAGCUACCUAGUCAGUUGAGAGCAAAUAUAUGUUCAGUCUGAAAACCGU